CCGGAUGGGACGGGGCUGCACUCGUGGGAGUGUGGCCGGCGAUGGAAGGGGCGAAGCCGACGCGGCUUUGAAGCUCGGAAGUCGGGGUCGAGAGCCACCGGAGUCGAGUGGAGCUGAGGGUGCGCUGGGGUGGCCGCGCUGAAGCCGGUUCCGCCGAGAUUGAGGCGGGCGGGGUGAAGGACUCCGGACCCCCAGCCUCAGACUCCUGCCCGCCGUCUGGCCAUCUUCCUCCCUUUGGGCCUGGCGGAACCCUCCUUGACUCCAGCGGGGCUGCUGAUUGAGCGGGGUCGUCCCUUCCUUGGCCCUGGCGCUCCCCGGUGACCUCUCAGUACUAGACGACACAUAUCUUAACUGAGCUGCUCUAAGGACUAAUGCCUAAACCAUCUCAGCAUGGCCUGUAGAGGAGGAGGUGGGCCUGGCCAGUUUCCCUCAGCUGUGCUCUCCCGUGUCAGCCCUGGAAGUCUGUCGACAUGUAGGACCCAUACCCAUAAUAUAUGCAUGGUGUCGGACUUUUUCUAUCCCAAUAUGGGAGGCGUGGAAAGCCACAUUUACCAGCUCUCUCAGUGUCUGAUUGAAAGAGGGCACAAAGUUAUAAUUGUCACCCAUGCUUAUGGAAAUCGAAAAGGCAUCCGUUACCUCACUAAUGGCCUCAAAGUCUAUUACUUGCCUCUGAAAGUCAUGUACAACCAAUCUACGGCCACGACCCUCUUUCACAGUCUGCCAUUGCUCAGGUACAUAUUUGUUCGGGAGAGAGUCACGAUAAUACAUUCACAUAGUUCUUUUUCUGCCAUGGCCCAUGAUGCCCUCUUCCACGCCAAGACCAUGGGGCUCCAGACAGUCUUCACGGACCACUCCCUUUUUGGAUUUGCUGAUGUCAGCUCGGUGCUUACAAACAAGCUUCUAACUGUGUCUCUUUGUGACACAAACCACAUAAUUUGUGUCUCUUAUACUAGUAAGGAAAACACUGUGCUAAGAGCAGCACUGAAUCCUGAAAUAGUGUCCGUCAUUCCUAAUGCUGUAGAUCCUACUGACUUCACUCCAGACCCAUUUAGAAGGCAUGAUAGUAUAAUAACUGUUGUUGUUGUCAGCAGACUUGUUUACAGAAAAGGGACUGAUUUGCUUAGUGGUAUAAUACCUGAACUCUGUCAAAAAUAUCCAGAUUUAAAUUUCAUAAUUGGAGGAGAGGGACCUAAGAGAAUCAUUUUGGAAGAAGUACGGGAAAGGUACCAGCUACAUGACAGAGUACGUCUCUUGGGAGCCUUAGAACACAAGGAUGUUAGAAAUGUCUUAGUUCAAGGACAUAUUUUUCUUAAUACUUCCCUUACCGAAGCGUUCUGCAUGGCAAUUGUGGAAGCAGCCAGUUGCGGUUUACAGGUCGUCAGUACCAGAGUUGGCGGGAUUCCUGAAGUACUUCCAGAAAAUCUGAUCAUUUUGUGUGAGCCUUCUGUAAAGUCCUUGUGCGAGGGUUUGGAAAAAGCGAUUUCCCAACUCAAAUCAGGAGCGCUGCCAGCCCCCGAAGAUAUUCACAACAUCGUAAAGACUUUCUACACCUGGAGGAACGUUGCGGAAAGAACUGAAAAAGUGUACGACCGCGUGGCAGGAGAAGCCGUGUUACCGAUGGACAGACGACUGGACAGACUCAUCUCUCACUGCGGCCCGGUGACGGGCUACAUUUUUGCUUUGUUGGCUGUAGUCAACUUUCUCUUCCUCGUUUUCCUGCGAUGGGUGACUCCAGAUUCUGUCAUCGACGUUGCAAUAGACGCCACAGGGCCAGACGGGGCCUGGACUCCUCGAUACCCUCCCAGUAAAAAAGAGGGCAAGAAUAAUGCGAUGUCUAAAACCAGGUAGAAGAAAGCCUGGAUUGUAACAUUUUACACAUUUGUGAUAGUUCUAUUAAGACUAUCGAAAAUAACCUUGCUUUUUUCUUUGUUUUUUUUAAAGUUCAUUUAGUAAGUUAUGCUACCUCUAUACCAUUCAAUGUUUUAUUUUGAAGAAAGAUAAAAACUUAUGCAACUCCUGAGUGUAGAAACUCCUUGCACUUACUUACAAUUUAGGAGAGAACAUUUAAGCCACUCAGGUAUGACAUUUUUCAGACUACUGAAAUCCCUUUAACGGAGAUGUUUUAACAUUAUAUUUUGGGAGCUUUGGGUGCUGAAGGGCCAAAUGUUUUCUGGGCAUUUUUUGGCCAAUUUUAAAUGUUCUACCGUUAAUUAGACAUUCACCAGAUGUUUACAAGUUUUCUUUAGGGAAGUACAACAACGAUACGAACUACUUUGAGUCCUGUUCACACAUGUCAUAGCCAUUGAAGUCCUGUUCGUAGCCGUUGAUUUGGUUCACUCAGUGUUACGUACCGUCAGCAGGUUUCUUGAGUAAGAUGGUCCAUCCGUUAGUAGCAUGUUUUAAGCACCUACUAUGUGUAGAACAUUGAACCAGACACUUCCUGCUGUUAAGGACCAGGGGCACAUGCGCUCUUUGUUGAUCACUCCGAUGGCUCACUUCUCUGUAGUCACAGUUGACAAGCUGGUAAAAUAUCAAACAUGCCAAAAAUGCUCCUGCUUUUAAUGCCGGGAAGAAACUGUCGGCAUACUCUGAUUACUUCUUCGACCUUGUCACAUGCGUUCUCCUAGGUAGAGCCUUCGUCUUCGUUUGUGUUUAUGAAAAUACCUUUUCUUUUGAAAUACUAGGGACCGAUAUCACUGUUGAUGCUAGUGCAGAGAAACCCUCCACGUGCUUCCGUGCAUCGUUUAGUCCUCUGUACAUGCCUUCAUGUCUUCCGAGCAGAACGUACGAGGUGUGCAAUCUCCAAGUCAGCUGCUACCCUGUACCUUCGAUGCAAGCCACGUCCCUUCACUUGUGGCCUAGCUGAUGUCUGAGAAGUAUCGUCAGUAUGCAAAAGUCUUUGCCCCAGAAUGUUUUAUUUAUAGCAGAUUGAGUUUGAAAAUGUUAGGAACACAGUCUCUUGUGUGGAUGUGUGUUGUUCACUGUAAUCGUUGUUGCCCAGAGCCAUGGGUUUUUAAACCCCAAAUUAUCCACAUGGUGUGUCUUACGAACUCCUUGAACUCCUUAGAAUAAGUUUUUGUGAUCAAGGACUGUGAAAUCAAAAGAACGAGGCACUCGUUGGUGCACUAGAUAGAUUCUGGCAGUAUUGUGAUCCUUGACGGGACUUGUUUUCUUUAAUGAUAACAUUCACAAAACUUCUUUUUAAAAAGUAUCUUAACAUGCCUGUUAACCGGUUGCCACCGAUAACGUAGGGAAUAUGUUUGUGUUUUGUGCCGAAACACAAACGCGGGAGUGCGGUUUUUAAAACCUGGAAGUUAACGGUUCUUUGGUGAAAGAAAAAUGGACUGACCUAAACCAUUAAAUUUCAUUGGGAUUUUUAUGCACAGAAACGGAUUUAUAUAAAUAUGAAACAGUGCCAGUAUUCACGGCGAAGCACGCAACUAUAACCUUUGCUUUUAUGUAUCCUGUUCAGCAAUUUUGAAGGGCAUACUACUGUUGGUUCUUCUAUUUUUGUUUCUUAGCAUAUUUUCAAGAUUGCCAUGUGUUUCAGGUGGAAAUGGGAUUUAAACUUCUUGCAUGUAAAGUAUGUAAUUUGCAGAUCAGAAUUAUUUCCUUUGUUUUUAACAAACGGAAGUAAAUUUGCUUGUUCUCAUAAAUCUUAAUUUUCAGGCUUCCUGGAUACCUUAAUCGUAACUGUCAGUGUUGCACUGGUCAAUAUGUGGAAACAUAUUGUUCUACCCCGCUACUUACAUUUAUUUGAAAGUGAACUUGCAGUGAUGGGGAAUUUAUGAAAAACAUAUUGUAUUUCUUUUGAUAUUAUAAAAAUGAGCACAUAUAACACUGAUUUAUGAAAACAUGCUACGUGUCCAAAAAUAAAGACGAAAAUGGCAUUUUGACAA